UGCCAAGUUUGAGAGAAGAUGCUGUCCUGAGGUUUUACUGUCACAUGGCUUUGAUUGCUUUGUGAUGGAGGCGCUUACUACCUGGAUGGGCAGACACAAGGAAAGAACACUGAACAGCCAGGAGGUGUGAAUAAAGGUUGCUUGUGGAAGUUAGACCAAAUAGCAGGAAGGUAUUACAGCAAAAUGGAUUUGGGAAAGGACCAAUCUCGCUUGAAACGCCGUCAGACACCUAAUCCUCGUCAAGAAGAGAACCAUGUUCCAGAAGUCACUGGAACUUGGAAUUUGCGAAACAGAGAGCAACUCAGAAAAAGGAAAGCUGAAGCACAAGAGAAGCAAAAUUUGCAGUGGCAUUUUGGAGAGAAAAAAUGCAAGCGGCCAAGGACAGGAAAAGGAAACAAAAGAGGCAGAAAGAGACGACAAAGUACAGAACUGAAGGAGGAACCUCAGUCACAAUUUAAAAAAGACACAAUGGAGAAAUCACUGGUACCUACGGAGAAAGAAACUGAACCACCUAAGAGUAUAACUGACGUGCUGUCUCUGCUAGCCUCUCCCAAAAAAGUUAUGCCUGAGACACAAUUUUCUGCAGUGGAUCAAGAAAACAUACAUCAGGAUUAUUCUUCUGAGUUACAAGAAACAGUUGUACAAAACCACCCUUCUGAAACAUGCCAAGAUGUGGCUGAACCUGAAGUCCUCUCUCCUACAAUGUACCAGGAAACGGCCGUGAUUCAAGGCCAUUCUUCCAUAAUGUGCCCUGAUACAGCUGAACCUGAAGACCUCUCUCCUACAACGUGCCAAGAAAUGGCCGUGAUUCAAGGCCAUUCUUCCAUAAUGUGCCCUGAUACAGCUGAACCUGAAGAUUUCACUUCUACAAUGUGCCAGGAAACAGCUGUACUUCAAAACCAUCCUUCCAGAAUGUGCCCUGAUGCAGCUGAACCUAAAGCCCUCUCCUCUACAAUGUGCCAAGAAACAACUGUAGUCAAAGUCCUUCCUUCUAAAACAUCUGAAGACAUAGCUGACCUGGAAGCAUGCUCUCUUGAAGCAUUCUCCAAACCAGAUAUGCCUAAAGGGUAUGCUCUUGAGACAUACCAAAAGAGAGGUGAACCUGAGGAAUACAAUUCUGAACCAGAACAAGGAAUGGCUGAGAUUGAAAGCUUCUUUCCUAAGACACAAGAAAUAGCUGUGCCUAAAGACCUUUCUACAAAGACACACCAAGAAACAGUUGAACCUGAACACUUCUCUCAUGAAACAUAUAAAGAAAUUGCUGUGCCUAAAGCAUUCUCUCAUAACACAACCCAAGAAGUGCCUGCUCUUGAGGAAUAUCCUCCUGAAAUACACCAAGAAACACCUGCUCCUGAGGAAGGCUCACCUGAAAUAUACCAAGAAACACCUGUGCCUGAGGAAGGCUCACCUGAAACAUACAAAGAAACACCUGUGCCUGAGGAAGGCUCACCUGAAAUAUACCAAGAAACACCUAGGCCUGAGGAAGGAUCACCUGAGAUAUGCCAAGAAACACCUGGGCCUGAAGACUAUUCACCUGAAAUAUACCAAGAAACACCUGGGCCUGAAGAUCUUUCUACUAAGGCAUGUAAAAAUAAGGACCUGCCCAAAGAAUGCUUUCCAGAACCACAUCAAGAAACAGGUGGGCCCCAAGGCCAGGAUCCUAAAGCGCACAAGGAGGACACUAAGGAUGUUUAUACUUUUCCUCGAGAAAUGAGAGAAAAACCCAAAGCGGAAGAACCAGAGACACCAGCAAUUGCAAAUGUUCCUCAAGAAAUUCAUCCAGAAAAUGACGUCUUUAGUUAUGUUUUGUUUUAACAAUGCUCAACCAUCAAUAGUUGUCCAACAAAAUACACAUCUUAAUAUAUUACAUGUGUGAUUUUUUCAAAACACUGUAGAUCUCUACAAUACUCAUUAAUAUUUUUACGUUGUUUUCUUUUUUUCAUGUAUAGACUCUGAGAGAAUGAAGGUAUUUUUUUCAGGCUCUGUUACAUAGAUGAUAUCCUGCUAGUGUGUGCGUGUUGUGUGUGUGUGUGUGUGUGUGUGUGUAUACAUAUAUGCAUAUUGGGGUGAGGAUAGUGGUGGGGGAGAGAGAGAAACGGGAAAGGAAUGGCUGAAUAAUUGAUCAACCAUCAAGAACCUUUAAUUCUUCUAUAUUUUAUUUAUUUUUUCCUUGGUUAAUUCUUAAAAGUUGAGAAAAUAGGGGCACCUGG